AUGGUCAUUCGGGCUGGUUACCCCUCUGAUCCUGAUUAUCUUGUUGGCGGACUUGACUCGCUGCCUCGUCAUGAUCAUAUCCAUCGCAUAGUGGGGUUGAUUGCCCUUGGCGAAGGCUUUCCGAAACUUGAGAAGCUGAGCUUAAUCUGGUGCUCUAACGUCUCAAGUUAUGGCUUAAUUGCACUCGCGAAGAAGUGCUCAUUUUUAACAGCUUUAGAUUUACUGGGUUGCUAUGUUGGAGAUCAUGGUCUAGCUGCUGUUGGACAGUCUUGUAAGCAGCUUGGGGAUUUAAAUUUGCGAUUUUAUGAGGCCUUAACAGAUGCGGGUUUUGUUGAAUUAGCUCUUGGUUGUGGGAAUUCAUUGAAAGCUCUUGGUAUGUCUCACUGGGAGCAGUGGGCGUACAUUGCAAGUCUCUUGAGACCCUUUCUUUAG